AUGUACGGCAGGGGGGGGGUCCUGUGGGACGUGGUCUGUGCGUUGCUCCAGGGGAUGGCCGGCUCAGUAACCCAGGACCAGAGGCUGAGGGGGAAGAACGUGGGGGGCGGAGUAGGUCCUCGUCAGAGGCCCCCUGUGAAGUCAGAGGGCUCAGAGAUAAAAAUGGCUAGACGAGAGGUUGAGAGGGACAAUGCGUUGGAGCAAAAUGCAGUAGAUCUCCGGUUCUCCUCAGUGGGAUGUGUUAACAUGGGAAAGUGGUUCAAGGUAUUAUCCUCAGUAGCUACUGCAGAAGAGCCCAAUCUCGUAGAGCACCCUGGAUUUUCCCCUCGGUCAUUCAGAAUUGUCGCAUUAAAAACAGCAUGCAGUCUUGAAGUCUCUUUAGCGAGAGCAAGACGUUCUCUUAGGACCUUAUUCUCUUCUAGUAGCUCAAUGAUCCUCUCCUUUGAGUCACGGAGUUGUUUGCAUUUAUCACAAGUAUUCAGACCCCUUGACUUUUUCCACAUUUUGUUACGUUACAGCCUUAUUCUAAAAUUGAUUAAAUAGUUUUUUCCCCCUCAUCAAUCUACACACAAUACGCCAUAAUGACAAAGCAAAAACAGGUUUUUAUAACUUUUUGCAAAAAAAUAAAAAACAACAACUGAAAUAACAUUUACAUAAGUAUUCAGACCCUUUACUCAGUACUUUGUUGAAGUACCUUUGGCAGCGAUUACAGCCUCAAGUCUUCUUCAGUAUGACGCUACAAGCUUGGCACACCUGUAUUUGGGGAGUUUCUCCCAUUCGUCUCUCCAUAUCCUCUCAAGCUCUGUCAGGUUGGAUGGGGAGCAUCGCUGCACAGCUAUUUUCAGGUCUCUCCAGAGAUGUUCGAUCGGGCUCUGGCUGGGCCACUCAAGGACAUUCAGAGACUUGUCCCGAAGCCACUCCUGCGUUGUCUUGGCUGUGUGCUUAGGGUCGUUGUCCUGUUGGAAGGUGAAACUUUGCCCCCAGUCUGAGGUCCUGAGUGCUCUGGAGCAGGUUUUCAUUAAGGAUCUCUCUGUACUUGCUCCGUUCAUAUUUCCCUCAAUCCUGACUAGUAUCCCAGUCCCUGCUGCUGAAAAACAUCCCCACAGCAUGAUGCUGCUGCCCCCACCAUGCUUCACCGUUGGGAUGGUGCCAGGUUUCCUCCAGACGUGAUGCUUGGCAUUCAAGCCAAAGAGUUCAAUCUUGGUUUCAUCAGACCAGGGAAUCUUGUUUCUCAUGGUCUGAGAGUCCUUUAGGUGCCUUUUGGCAAACUCCAAGUGGGCUGUCAUGGGCCUUUUACUGUGGAGUGGCUUCAGUCUGGCCACUCUACCAUAAAGGCCUGAUUGGUGGAGUGCUGCAGAGAUGGUUGUCCUUCUGGAAGGUUUUCCAAUCUCCACAGAGGAACUCUGGAGCUCUGUCAGAGUGACCAUCGUGUUCUUGGUCACCUCUCUGACCAAGGCCCUUUUCCCCCGAUUGCUCAGUUUGUCCGGGCGGCCAGCUCUAGGAAGAGUCUUGGUGGUUCCAAACUUCUGUCAUUUAAGAAUGAUGGAGGCCACUGUGUUUUGGGGGACCUUCAAUGCUGCAGAAAUGUUUUGAUACCCUUCCCCAGAUCUGUGCCUUGACACAAUCCUGUCUCGGAGCUCCACGGACAAUUCAUUUGACCUCAUGGCUUGGUUUUUGCUCUGACAUGCACUGUCAACUGUGGGACCUUAUAUAAACAGGUGUGUGCCUUUUCAGAUCAUGUCCAAUGAAUUGAAUUUACCAUAGAUGGACUCCAAUCAAGUUGUAGAAACAUCUCAGGGAUGAUCAAUGGAAACAGGAUGCACCUAAGCUCAAUUUCAAGUGUUAUAGCAAAGGGUCUGAAUACUUAUUUAUGUUUUUUAUUUUUAAUAAAUUUGCAAAAAAUGUCUAAAAAAAACAGUUUUCUCUUCGUCAUUAUGGUUUAUUGUGUGUAGAUUGAUGAGAAAAAUAAUCAAUUGAAUCAAUUUCAGAAUAAGGCUGUAACGUAACAAAAUGUGGAAAAGGGGAAGGGGUCUGAAUACUUUCUGAAUGCACUGUAGGUCAGUCUACUCUUCCUAUUGACUACAAUUUCCAUCUCCGGAUUCGACUCCGAAAUAGAAGGGUCUAACAUGCUUAUACUCAGGUCAGAAACAGCGGUACGGCUACAAGAGCCAACCUCAACAUGAAAAGCUGAAAAGCUUUGCCAGUGACAGCCAGGUAACCUAGCUAGUCGGAGCUAGCCAGGGCUAGCCUGCUAAUGUCAGCUCCAGGAUAAGGUCAAAUCCAGUCGAACACGGUGUAUAAGGAACAGCACCAACACCGCGGUCCCAAAAUAAAACACUUAAAACAAAGGUUUUAAAGGUGUAAAAUGUAUAAGUAUCUUAGAAAUAUCAAAUGUAUAGCUACAGUGAAAUGCUUACUUACAAGCCCUUAACCAACAAUGCAGUUUUAAGAAAAAUAAGUGUUAAGUAAAAAAUAUCUAAGUAAAAAAUUAAAAAUUAAAAUAAUUAAAGAGCUGAAGUAAAAUAACAGUAGUGAGGCUACAUACCGGGGGUACCGGUACAGAACAUGUUAUAUUAAAGUUUUACCUAAUAGUAAAUGACAGCCAAAAGAUGGUUACAUCUCAUGUGUUGACAAUUUGCACAUGUGGGAUUUGAACCAGCAAUGGCAGCACCAGGGAAUCUCUCAUAAACCUUAUUUUUUUCAGUAUAUAGCCAUGCCAGUAUGGUCAAUCAGAACUUCAUGUUUCCUUUUUAGCCUUCUUAGACAUAACUAACCCAGGGAAAUACUGGUAGCUGGGUUAUUCACCAUCACUUCACCCAUCCUCUUCAUAUGCUGUGUACUUACAUAUGCUGUGUACUUACCAUAUUUACAAGGUAUCCAAGACUAUGAGUGCUGAGCAAGGAUGACUUUUCAGAUCAUGAAACAUAAGGCAGCAAUGACUAUAUGGGGCGGCAGGUAGCUUAGUGGGUAAGAGCGUUGUGUCAAUAACCGAAAGGUCGCUGGUUCUAAUCCCCAAGCUGACUAGGUGAAAAAUCUGUCGAUGUGCCCUUAAGCAAGGCACUUAACCCUAAUUGCUCCUGUAAGCCGCUCUGGAUAAGAGCGUCUGCUAAAUGACGUAAAUGUAUAUCAAGUGCCUCAAAGUAAGUAUUAUAUCAGAUGCGUGUUUUUAAGUUGAACAGUACAUUUUUACACAAUGUUUUAUUAACUCAGAAAUUGUGUUCUGUGUCCUCAUUAAGCAUAUUUGACUGACGAAAAGGUCAUCACUAUACCUUGGUGGUACAGAGGGCUAAUGAUCUGCUUGCAGGUUCAAUACCACAUUUACCAUAUUUUAACUAUGUAAUUGUUUAUUUAUUUUUUGGGAAAUUGAGGCUCUGUCACGGAUUCAGCCGAGGCUGCCCCUCCUCCUUGCUCGGGCAGGCUUCGGCGUUCGUCGUCACCGGAGUACUAGCUGCUACCGAUCCAUGUAUCUAUGUUCGACUUGUUCUGUCUUUAUUCGUCACACCUGUUUCCCAUUAUGUAGUGAUGUCUUACCUAUUUAACCCUCUGUCUCACACUGUGUGUUGUGUGUGUUUGUUCAUGUUUCGGCUGUCGUUAGUGUGCGGGUUUGUUCCCUCCCUGUGUGGAGGUUGUUGUUCUUUAUUUUACCUUCGAGUAAAGUACGUCUUCUGAUUAGCUCUGUGUCCUGCGCUUGACUUCGCCUACCGCAUUUCACUGACGCCCUGACAGGCUCAGAUAUACUCUACUAAAAGAGAGGAUGUCUUUAUUUCUUCCAGAUGUAUAAAUCCAGUCAAAUGUAGAAUUUAAUAACCGUAAAAAAUAAAACAGUGUAAGAAUGGACUGUUCAACUUUUUAAAAACGCACCCGAUAUAAUUAUUACUUUGAGACACUUGAUAUGGUCCCCCUGGCUUAUUUUUCAUGAUCUGAAAAGCAAAAGUGAUCCUAGAUCCGCACUCAUAGUCUUGGAUACCUUGUAAAUAUAGGCCCAGAAGUAGCAGUAUAUAAAGAGGAUGGGUGAAGUGAUGGUGAAUAACCCACUUACCUGUAUUUCCCUUGGUUAGCUAUGUCUAAGAAGUUUAAAUAGGAUGCAAGGACGUCGGAGUACAAAAAUCAGUUAACCACCUAACCAAUUAUCUAAAUUUAACCUUGCGUUAUACGCUAGAUGCAGUCGCACCUCUAAAAACAAAAAUCAUUUGUCACAAGAAAUCAGCUCCCUGGUAUACAGAAAAUACCUGAGCCUUGAAGCAAUUUCCAGAAAAUUGGAACAGAAAUGGCGCUCCACCAAACUCGAAGUCUUCCGACUAGCUUGGAAAGACAGUACCGUGCAAUAUCGAAGAGCCCUCACUGCCGCUCGAUCAGCCUACUUUUCCAACCUAAUUAGGGAGAAUAAAAACUAUCCCAAAUGUAUUUUUGAUACUGUUGCGAAACUAACUAAAAAGCAGCAUUCCCCAAGAGAGGAUGGCCUUCACUUCAGCAGUGAUUAAUUCACUAACUUCUUAGAGAAAAAUAUCAUGAUCAUUAGAAAGCAAAUUACGGACUCCUCUUUGAAUCUGCGUAUUUCUCCAAAACUCAGUUGUCCUGAGUCUGCACAGAACUGCCAGGACCUAAGAUCAAUGGAGACACUCAAGUUUUUUAAUCCUGUAUCUCUCUACAUUCAUGAAAAUAGUAAUGGCCUCUAAAACUUCCAGCUACCUACUGGACCCUAUUCCAACUAAACUACUAGAAGAGCUACUUCCUGUUCUUGGCCCUCCUAUGUUGAACAUAAUAAACGGCUCCGUAUCCUCUGGAUGUGUACCAAACUCAAUAAAAGUGUCAGUAAUAAAGCCUCUCCUGAAAAAGCCAAACCUUGACCUCGAAUUUCCCAUUCCUCAAAAAAGUUAAAAAUAAUAGCUGUUGCACAGCAACUCACUGCCUGAAGACAAAUAAUGUAUACGAAACGCUCCAGUCUGGUUUUAAACCCCAUCAUAGUACUGAGACUGCACUCGUGAAGGCGGUAAAUUACCUUUUAAUGGUGUCAGACUAAGGCUCUGUAUCUGUCCUCGUGCUCCUAGACCUUAGUGCCGCUUUUGACACCAUCGAUCCCCACAUUCUUUUGGAGAGAUUGGAAACCCUAAUUGGUCUACACUGACAAGUUCUCGCCUGGUUUAGAUCUUAUCUGUCGGAAAGAUAUCAGUUUGUCUCUGUGGAUGGUUGUCUUCUGACAAAUCAAUUGUACAUUUUGGUGUUCCUCAAGGUUUUGUUUUAGGACCACUAUUGUUUUCACUAUAUAUUCUACUUCUUGGUGAUCUCAUUCGGAAACACAAUGUCAACUUUCACUGCUAUGCAGACGACACAUAGCUCUACAUUUCGAUGACACAUGUUGAAGCCCCAAAAUUGCCUAUCCUGGAAGCAUGUGUUUCAGACAUAAGGAAGUGGAAGGCGGCAAAUGUUGUACUCUUAAACUCGGACAAAACAGAGAUGCUAGUUCUAGGUCCCAAGAAACAAAGAGAUCUGACAAUUAAUCUUGAUGGUUGUACAGUUGUCUCAAAUAAAACUGUGAAGGAUCUCGUAGUUACUCUGGAACCUGAUCUCUCUUUUGACGAACAUAUCAAGAAUAUUUCAAGGGCAGCUUUUUUCCAUCUUCGUAAAAUUGCAAAAAUCUGAACCUUUUUUUCCAAAAAUGAUGCGGAAAAACGAAUCCAUGCUUUUGUCACUUCUAGAUUAGACUACUGCAAUGCUCUACUCUCCGGCUACCCGGAUAAAGGACUAAAUAAACUUCAGUUAGUGCUAAAUACGGCUGCUAGAAUCUUGACUAGAACCAAAAUAUUUGAUCAUAUUACUCCAGUGCUAUUCUCUCUACACUGGCUUCCUGUUAAGGCUAGGGCUGAUUUCAAGGUUUUACUGAUAACCUACAAAGCAUUAAAUGGACUUGCUCCUACCUAUCGCUCUGAUUUGGCCCGGCCGUACAUACCUACACAUACGCUACGAUCACAAGACGCAGGCCUCCUUAUUGUCCCUAGAAUGUCUAAGCAAACAGCUGGAGGCAGGGCCUUCUCCUAUAGAGCUACAGUUUUAUGGAAUUGUCGGCCUAUCCAUGUGUGAGAUGCAGACUCGGUCUUGACCUUUAAGUCUUUACUAAAGUCUAAUCUCUUCAGUAGGUCCUAUGAUUGAGUGUAGUCUGGCACAGGGGUGCGAAGGUGAACAAUAAGGCACUGGAGUGAUGAACCACCCUUGCUGUCUCUUCCUGGCCGGCUCCCCUCUCUCCACUGGGAUUCUCUGCCUCUGACCAUAUUACGGGGGCUGAGUCACUGGCUUACUAGUGCUCUUCCUUGCCGUGCCUCCUGUCGUGCCAGGCUUUUUUCGCUGUACUCGACUUGAGUGGGUUGAGUCACUGACAUGAUCUUCCUGGCCUCGUGCAGUGGAGGAGAUAUUCGUGGGCUAUACUCAGCCUUGUCUCAGGGUAGUAAGUUGGUGGUCUGUUGAUAUCCCUCUAGUGGUGUGGGGGCUGUGCUUUGGCAAAGUGGGUGGGGUUAUAUUCUGCCUGAUUGGCCCUGUCCGGGGGUAUUGUCGGACAGGGCCACAGGACUACCUGGCCUGAUGACUCCUGGCUGUCACCAGUCCACCUUGUCAUGCUGCUGCUCCAGUUUCAACUGUUCUGCCUGCAGCUAUGGAACCCUGACCUGUUCACCGGACGUGCUACCCUGCUGUUUUAGACCCUCUCUCUCCCUCCCUCCCCCUCUCUCUCUACUGUGCCUGCUGUCUCAACCUCUGAAUGCUCGGCUAUGAAAAGCCAACUGACAUUUACUCCUGAGGAGCUGACCUGUUGCACCCUCUACAACCACUGUGAUUUUUAUUUGACCCUGCUGGUCAUAUAUGAACGUUUGAACAUCUUGAAGAACGAUCUGGCCUUAAUGGCAAUGUACUCUUAUAAUCUCCACCCAGCACAGCCAGAAGAGGACUGGCCACCCCUCAGAGCCUGGUUCCUCUCUAGGUUUCUUCCUAGGUUCCUGCCUUUCUAGGGAGUUUUUCCCAGCCACCGUGCUUCUACAUCUGCAUUGCUUGCUGUUUGGGUUUUAGGCUGGGUUUCUGUAUAAGCACUUUGUGACAUCUGCUGAUGUAAAAAGGGCUUUAUAAAUACAUUUGAUUUUAUUUGAAUUCUUGAUUGACCACACUGAAAAAAAGAAGAUGUAAGAACGCUUCCCUGGUGGUGCAGAGGAUACAAAAGCUUGGGAAGCAGACAUUGCAGGUUCAAACCCCACUUGUGCAUAUUGUCAAUGUAGUAUUUUAAGUUCUAUCACCUAUAGAAUAACUAAUAACUGGACAGGAGAGAGGAGCUCCGUUGGGAAACUUUACUAAUCCAAAUCAUGGUAGUACAACACAGGGGCAUGUUCAAGGCAGCACCUUCUAUCAGCGUAUCAGUUAAGAGGUCACAGGAUUAACCAAUCAGAUAAGUGAUGAUUGGUCUUUUAACAUGGUAAUCUGCCUAGAUACAAUGUAUUACACUCCUUCCCCUUAAAAUUUUACCCAGUAACAUUUCACAUAUACAUUUUAAGCAUUACAAUAAUUGUAAGCUCUAUUCAUUUUAACAGAAAUCAAUACAUGUCAACAGGUUCCAUUUGUUUUGUUUUUUCAAUAACUGAACUAAGAAUGUCAUUGUUUUCCCUUUUUUCUUUUUCAGUCUUUGAACUCAACAGUCUCUUUUAACUGAACAGUCUUUUGUUUUUGUUAUUUACAGGUAAAGUAUUUUAGGAACAUCACGGAUCCUUUCAGGAUACCUACGCUACGCAGGCUGCUUUGUGGCACUCCUUGAGCUUACUGGAGCUGGAGUUGGUAAGUUUCCAGUUUCCAGUGUUGGCUGGGCAACUUGACUUGGGCUGAGGUUGCUGUCCGGGAACGUUGGUGAGCGGUCAGGACUGUAGCUUUCCGUGAGAUAUCGGUCAGGACUGGAGCUGUACGUGGGAUAUCGAGGGAUGUCCUCUGGGGAUGACGGCUCUCUGUCCUCAGGUAAGUAGUUCCAUUUCGCACCUCUCCAUGGCAACAUGUGGUCCAAGUGAACAGUGUGUUUUCUCUGUCCGUCCUAGAUGAGGUAAGUCACAGGUCCCAGUCUCCAGAUUACCGUUGCCUGAAUCCAUUUCUCUUUCCCUCCUCUGAAAUUUCAAAUUUGCACUUGUUCUUUCUCUUGGAAAACCUGAAGGUGUAGUCCACCAUGGUCAUGGUGUUUCUUUUGUUUGCCUUGUUUUUCUUCCACUGUUUUAGCUAAGUCAGGUCGGAGAAGGAAGAGCUCAGCAGGGGUCCGACCUGUGACUGUAUGGGGGGGUACUGCGGUACAUGAGCAGAAAGUUGGAUAAGCGAUGCUUGAGAGAGACAGUAGAUUGUCUGUUGUCCUCCAAUAAAUUUUUCAUCAGAGCUCACUUGAGUAUCUGGACUGACCUUUCUGCUGCGCCAUUCGAGACAGGAUGGUAGGCAGGAACAAGGGUUUGAAAUCUGAAGAAACCAGCUCGGGUCCAUUAUCAGAGACAACUUCUUCGCACAAUCUAUAGGUUGCGAACAGGCUUUGUAGCUUUUCGAUGAGGUUCAUUGAUGUCAUUGAAGUCAUGUGAAAAACCUCCAACCACUUUGAAUGGCUGUCGAUGAUCACUUAAAAGUACUGCUAGUCCUUUUCAGUAAAGUCGAUGUGAAUUCUCUGCCACACCCUCUCGGGCCAUCUCCAAACAUUUAGUGGUGUUACAGCUGGAAUCUUCUGUACUGUUUGGCAGAUUUGACAACUCUUUCUUCUCUAUGUCACUGUCCAACCCUGGCCACCAGAUGUAGCUACGGUCUAAGGCCUUCACACGACAGAUGCCAGGAUGUUCGUGGUGAAAGUCCUCCAACAGUCUCUGUCUGAGUGCUGGGGGUAUGAUCACUCGCAAACCCCAGAGUACACAGCCUUGAUCUUCAGCCAACUCGUGUCUUCGCAUGAAGUAUGGUUGCAGUGCUUCAUCCGUCACGUAGCUUGGCCACCCAUUUACAGUGUAACUCCACACUUUGCUGAGUAGCACAUCUUUUCUUGUACUUUUCUUUUGCACACACUGGCAGCUCAUCCACUUGUGAGAAGUAGAAUGUGCUUCCCUCCUCAGCUGUGAUGUCUUUGUCUUCUCUUGGCAGUCUUGACAACGUGUCUGCGUUACUGUGAUCAGUUGACUUUCGGUAAUCGAUGUCGUAGUUGUACUCCAUGAGUAUGAGUGCCCAUCUUUGCAUUCUCAAUGCUGCUAAGGUUGGAACUGCAGAUAUCCAGCAAGAUAGCCAGCAAAGGCUUGUGAUCUGUGAUUAACGUGAACUUUCUUAUGGAACUUCUUUACUCCAAAGAUGAUUGACAUGGCCUCUUUUUCAAUCAGGGCGUAAUUCUUUUCUGCGUCUGAUAGCGUCCGUGAAGCAAAGACAAUGGGUUUUUCUUCUCCAUUGUCCAUGAUGUGGGAGAUCACGGCGUCCACACCAUAUGGUGAUGCGUCGCAGGCAAGCUUCAGGGGUCAUUUGGGUGUUGUAAUGCACCAGGACAUUACUCUGUAGAAGCAGCUGUUUGCUUUUCUCAAACGCUGCGUCACAUGCGGAAGUCCAACUCCAUGGUUCUUCUAUUCUCAGCAGGUUGUGCAACGUCUGGAGCAAGGUUGACAGGUUCGAUAGGAAUCUUCCAUAAUGGUUUAGCAGGCCUAGGAAUGACUUCAGUUCUUACGUUGGUUGGCUUGGGUGCUUUGACGAUGGCUCCAACUUUUUCGUCUGUGGGAUGCAGUCCUUCCUUGUCAAUCUGAUGACCAAAGUAUUCCAUGCUGCUUUGUAAAAACUUGCCUCUCCAGACAUUUGAGCACUUCAUCCAGCUUUUUCAGAUGUUCCUCCUUAGAAUCAGCUGUGAUGAGGGUGUAAUCCUUAAAACAGGUGACAUGUUUGAUUCCCUAUAGGAUCUUUUCCAUGACCGACUGAAAGAUUGAAGGAGCACUUGAGACACUGUAGCUGAGGCAUUGAUACCUGUACAGCCCAUGGUGAGUGUUGAUUGUCAGAUAUUUCUCAGAAUCUGUGUCCAACUGGAGCUGCUGGUAGGCGUGCGAGAGAUCUAACUUGCUGAAUGAUGUCCAUCCAGCUAGUGUAGCGAAUAAGUCUUCAGUGUUUGGUAAGGGGUAAGUAUCCUCUUCCACUCUCUGGUUGAUGGUGACCUUAUAAUCGCCACAUAUCCGAAUGGAUUUGUCACUCUUUGGAACGAUGACUAUUGGCGCGGCCCAGUCUUUGUCUCCUCGAGCCUAUCCAACUCUUUGUCCACCGCUUCCUUCAAUGCGUAUGGCACUGGUCUUGCCUUCUGGAAAAUGGGCUGAGCGUCGGGGCGUGUCCUGAUCUUUGCUAUGAAAUCUUUUAUGAAAUUUGGCCCUUCUGAAAACACCACCUGGAGGUGCUGUAGUACAGCUUUGACUGCCGGGUCUGUGUCUGUCACAGCCUUUUCCACUGAAAAGAUGUCCUGCCAGUUCAACUGUAUUUUCUCUAGCCAGUUAUGGCCCAUCAGUGCAGGUCUGUCUCCUUUAACAAUGACCAAUGGCAAAGUCACUUUUUUUUUGUACUGCACUGGCACUUUAACAUACCCUAGCAAAGGAAUUUUCUCACCUGAGUAGGUAGUCAGCUGUAACUGUGUUUUCUUUAACGGCGGGUGAGACAGAGCAUCAUGGUAACACACUUACGAGACCAGAGAGACAGCAGCCCCUGUGUCUAACUGCAUAUCCAAGUCCUUUCCAUCCAAAGUGACAUUCAUUGUAAUGCCCUUUUUCCCAUUGGAGGUAGUGUAAACUAUAUACACCCCAAACAGCCCUGAAUCAUCCUCCUUACUCUUGUCAUUGCUCUCAGCAGUAUCAACAUACUGUGUCUGUCCUGCUCUGCGGUUCCUACAUGCACGGGCCUAUGUGUCCAACUUUAGAACAGACAUGGCAUUUCUCAUUUUUGAAUCUGCAAUCAUGAGCAGAAUGAUUUCCUCUGCACCUGCAGUAUGGUUACUGACCAGCAUUCUCUUGUCUUGUGUCAUUCUUUAAUACUGUUUCUAUCAAUUGUCAUUGCUGCACUUUAACUAUCCUUUUCCUGUCCUGGGAAAUGUUUUAGCAUUUUUAUUCACUGCAUUUACCGAUUGAGCCUCUUUUGCUUUCCCUGAAAACUCCCUGAUGUUAUUGGAAGCUAACUCCAUUGACAAUGCCAUCUCACAUGCCACUUCAUUAAGUCAGGAUUCCUAUUUGACUCAGCCAUGCCUCCUUGCCCGUCCAACAUUUCCUCAUCUCCAAGUCCUUCUAAUGGGACUAGCCCCGAUGCGUCUCCCUCUUUUUCCCCUGCCCCGCUACAAAGUUUCUCCCUGCAGGCGGUCACGGAGUCUGAGGUGCUAAAGGAGCUCCUUAAACUUGACACCAAAAAACGAUCUGGGUCAGAUGGUUUAGACCCUUUCUUCUUUAAGGUUGCAGCCCCUAUCAUCACCAAGCCUGUCUCUGACCUUUUUAACCUGUCUCUCCUCUCUGGGGAGGUUCCCAUUGCUUGGAAGGCAGCCACGGUGUGUCCUUUAUUUAAAGGAGAGAUCAAGCUAAUCCUAACUGUUAUAGGCCAAUUUCAUAACCUUGUUCUGAACACCUCCAAAACAAAGGUCAUGUGGUUUGGCAAGAAGAAUACCCCUCUCCCCACCGGUGUGAUUACUACCUCUGAGGGUUUAGAGCUUGAGGUAGUCACCUCAUACAAGUACUUGGGAGUAUGGCGAGACAGUACACUGUCCUUCUCUCAGCACAUAUCAAAGCUGCAGGCUAAGGUUAAAUCUAGACUUGGUUUCCUCUAUUGUAAUCGCUCCUCUUUCACCCCAGCUGCCAAACUAACCCUGAUUCAGAUGAUCAUCCUACCCAUGCUAGAUUACGGAGACUUACUUUAUAGAUUGGCAGGUAAGGGUGCUCUCGAGCGGCUAGAUGUUCUUUACCAUUCAGCCAUCAGAUUUGCCACCAAUGCUCCUUAUAGGACACAUCACUGCACUCUAUAUUCCUCUGUAAACUGGUCAUCUCUGUAUACCCGUCGCAAGACCCACUGGUUGAUGCUUAUUUACAAAAACCUUUUAGGCCUCACUCCCCCCUAUCUGAGAUACCUACUGCAGCCCUCAUCCUCCACAUACAACACCCGUUCUGCCAGUCACGUUCUGUUAAAGGUCCCCAAAGCACACACAUCCCUGGGUCGCUCCUCUUUCCAGUUCGAUGUAGCUAGCAACUGGAAUGAGCUGCAAAACACUUAAACUGGACAGUUUUAUCUCCAUCUCCUCAUUCAAAGACUCAAUCAUGGACACUCUUACUGACAGUUGUGGCUGCUUUGCGUGAUGUAUUGUUGUCUCUACCUUCUUGCCCUUUGUGCUGUUGUCUGUGCCCAAUAAUGUGUGUACCAUGUCUUGUGCUGCUACCAUGUUGUGUUUCUACCAUGUUGUUUUCAUGUUGGGUUGCUACCUUGCUGUGUUGUUGUGUGUUGCUGCCAUGCUAUGUUGUUGUCUUAGGUCUCUCUUUAUGUAGUGUUGUGUUGUCUCUCUUGUUGUGAUGUGCGUUUGGUCCUAUAUUUAUAUAUAUAUAUUUUUUAUUCCAACCCCAGUCCCCGCAGGAGGCCUUUUGCCUUUUGGUAGGCCGUCAUUGUAAAUAAGAAUUUGUUCUUACCUGACUUGCCUAAUUAAAUAAAGGUUAAAUAAAAAAUAAAAAAAUAAUUCUGAAUGUUAGCUCCUUCUCUGCUAGCAUCUUGUGCUGCAUAGCGAUCACACAAAGAAACACACUGACCUUCUUGUUGUCUUUAAUGUCAUUUGCAAACAUCCAUAGCUCCAAACUUUAAAGAUAACUUUCAAAAUCCUCCUGCGAUUCUUUGUACUUGUCCACUCGUCUGACUUGCAUAGUAGCCAUUUCUCGGUUGUUACUGUUUUAUGGUCUAAUAUCCUCGGCGGUAGCUAGCUCACGUGCCUCGGUCCAUGAAAUAUCCGUUCCUUCUAUAUUUUCUUCCUGCCAGGUGCACGGCUGCUCCAUUUACAAUCCACACGUUUGGUAUUUUUAAUCCAUCGUCGCCAUUUGUAAUAUUUAAAGUUUUAUCACCUAAUAAGAACAGGACAGGAGAGAGGAGCUACGUUGGGAAACUUUACUAAUCUAAAGCAUGGUAGUAUAACACAGGGGCAUGUUCGAGGCCGCACGUUCACAGAAUUAACCAAUCAGGUAAGUGAUAAUUGUAUCUCAAAUCAAAUCAAAUCAAAUUGUAUUUGUCACAUGCGCGGAAUACAACAGGUGUAGACCUUACAGUGAAAUGCUUACUUACAAGCCCUUAACCAACAAUGCUGUUUUAAGAAAAAUAAGUGUUAAGUAAAAAAUAGAUAAAUAAUUUUUUUAAAUAAAAAAUAAUUAAAGAGCAGCAGUAAAAUAACUGUAGCGAGGCUAUAUACAGGGGGUACCGGUACAGAGUCAAUGUGUGGGGGCACAGGUUACUCGAGGUAAUUUAGGUAAUAUGUACAUGUAGGUAGAGUUAAAGUGACUAUGCAUAGAUGAUAAACAGAGAGUAGCAGCAGCGUAAAAGAGGGGGUGGGGGUUGACAAUGCAAAUACUCCGGGUAGCCAUUUGAUUAGAGUCUUAUGGCUUGGGGGUAGAAGCUGUUAAGAAGCCUUUGCUACCGCUGCCGUGCGGUAGCAGAGAGAACAGUCUAUGACUAGGGUGGCUGGAGUCUUGGACAAUUUUAGGGCCUUCCUCUGACACCGCCUGGUAUAGAGGUCCUGAAAGGCAGGAAGCUUGGCCUCAGUGAUGUACUGGGCCGUACACACUACCCUCUGUAGUGCCUUGCGGUCGAAGGCGAGCAGUUGCCAUACCAGGCAGUGAUGCAACCGGCCAGGUCUCUGACCUCCUCCCUAUAGGCUGUCUCAUCGUUGUCGGUGAUCAGGCCUACCACUGUUGUGUUGUCGGCAAACUUAAUGAUGGUGUUGGAGUCGUGCCUGGCCAUGCAGUUAUGGGUGAACAGGGAGUACAGGAGGGGACUAAGUACGAACCCCUGAGGGGCCCCCGUGUUGAGGAUCAGCGUGGCAGAUGUGUUGUUGCCUACCCUUACCACCUGGGGGCGGCCCAUCAGGAAGUCUAGGAUCCAGCUGCAGAGGGAGGUGUUUAGUCCCAGGGUCCUUAGCUUAGUGAUAAGCUUUGAGGGCACUAUGAUGUUGAACGCUGAGCUGUAGUCAAUGAAUAGCAUUCUCACGUAGGUGUUCCUUUUGUCCAGGCGGGAACGGGCAGUGUGGAGUGCAAUAGAGAUUGCAUAAUCUGUGGAUCUGUUGGGGCAGUAUGCAAAUUGGAGUGGAUCUAGGGUUUCUGGGAUAAUGGUGUUGAUGUGAGCCAUGACCAGCCUUUCAAAGCACUUCAUGGCUACAGACAUGAGUACUAGGGUCGGAAGUCAUUUUGGCAGGUUACCUUAGUGUUCUUGGGCAUAGGGACAAUCUAGGCAGAUUAUCAUGUUAAUAGACCAAGUUAUUAAGUCAACAUAUGAAGUCUAAAGAAUAUGGUUUUGUUUGUAUGAUUAAAGACUGUUCAAAUGUCCUAUGAAUGAAAUGAAAUUGCCAUGUGUCUGUAUGUUACCUACAAUUCAGUCCUCAAAUGCGAAUUGCCAUUAAAUCUGGAGAGAAACAUAAAGGGGAUGUACUCCAAUCUGCUUUAAUUUGCAUGCUGAGAAUGUUGUGGUAAUAUUAGGUAAUACUUAAAUAUUAGAUUUUCUAAAUGUUCUUGAAAUUGCAUGAACAUCAAUGGAAUAUGACGUUAAAUCUAAAACAGCUAUGCUAUGAACGUCAUAAAAAUUGACAUUUCAUUCUCAACAUUAAGGUAAUGUCUUGAGCAACCUAACUUAAGCAUUGUAUGAAUGUCAUCACAACUGAGCAUAUUUUGUAAUGUACCCACACUGUUCCCACAACCUAAUUACAUGUUCUGAGAACAUUUAAAGAACUCUGAAAGGCUGUUUUGUCAACAUUCUUGCAACACCAAAUUAAUGUUUUGUGAACCCUGAUACAAACAUUAUCUGAAUGUCAGCGCAACUGGACAGUUUUAGUGUUUUUGGAACAUAUCUCUUGUUACCACAACCUAAUGAAACAUUCUGGGAACCUUUAAAGAACAUACAAAAUGUGUUCUGAGAACGUUCUUGUAACGUCGGGUGAAUAUUUUUUGUACCCUAAAAGAAACAUUGUAUAAUCAUCCACACAACUGGACAGUUUUUAUUUUUUGGGAACAUAUAUUUUGUGAUGUCCCCACAAUGUCUCACCAGACUGUUCCCACAACCUAAUGAAACAUUCUGGGAAUUUUUAAAUAUCUUAGCUAAUGUUCUGGGAAUGUUCCCAGUUUACUGGGUUUGCUCUGUAUGCUGCAGACUCUGACUGACUGACAGACGUUUUGCUGAGUCAUGACAUUAGGCAGGUUUCCAUUGACCCAGGUUUAUUAGACAAAAUAAAUGUUGCAAAAAAAAUAAUUGCGACGUGUAAUGUAAACGGCAGAUAUAGGACACAUUUUCUAAAGAUGGGCAAAAAUUGUAUCCAUUUGACAGGGGUGGAUUUUUAUUUUGUCUAACUUUCCUUAUUGCUGCAAAUGAUAAUGGAAACAACUAGCUCUCACAGUCUCACGUCAGAAUUAGACGUUCAUCCAUGUUUCUCAAACGUAACAUUUUGCAGUUGUUACAAACGUAACAUUUUGCAGUUGUUACAAACGUAACAUUUCGAAGUGUUUAAGAUGAAGUUCAGGCAUUAACUCUGAAUUUCUAAGGUUAAGGUUAAAUUUAGGCAUUACCUCCGAAAACUUAAGGUUAGGCAUUCACUCUGAAUGGUUAAGGUAAGAGUUAAGGUUUGAGAUAAUGUAGGCUUAAAACAAAAAUCUCAAAACAACUUUCUAUCGCUGGAUUCGACCUUGCAACCUUUGGAAUCAGAGGCAGAUGCUUAAAGAUAACAGCGCGUACUGUUGCCUAGUGGCCGGUUUCCACGUCAUCUCCCGAUGUCCUCAGACAUGGAUGGACGUUGAAUACUGUCUUGUAUCACGGGUGACCUGGCUGAAUGGAAACUAUGUUUUUCGAAUAAAUGAUGAUUGCCUAAUAUGUGGGGCAUGUGAUAUCAGGGCCCCAGUUGCAUUUGCAAACAAAUUAUUUUUCUGUACGAAUUCCAUAGCCUAAUAUGUAGUCCUAAACAUACGGUGACAGUGAGCAAUUGACAGUGAGCUGUGAGCAAAAUAACCAGACGGGAAGUUGAAAAUGGCUUAUUAAAAGAUUGAAUUGUAUUGAAUCAAAUUAAUCAUAUCCAAUGAUUUACCGCCCGUAGGGCGUGGUGCCACUCGGUUAAUUUUAAAUGCCUAGGCCUACUGCUUGCAAAAUCACUUUUUUUCUUAUAUAAAUUAAUGUUUCUUUGCAGGACAAGGAUUGUCCUGAUUUUCAAGAAUGCCUGAAUUGCUUCACCUUGCUUUUCUGGUUGGCUGGAUGCAAGUUUCACCAUCUUAUUAUUUCAGAUCUACGGCGUGCAAAUUUCACCAUGGCACGGACCAUGGCGAUACGUUGGCACAUGACAAUUAUUAGAAUAGUCAAUUAUUGCAUUCUAUCCAUGCUGGCUUUUGCAGGCUACCUGAUACCUAGAACAGAUAAUUGGGAGGGCAAACAGGCUGUGGCCAAUUUAUUAAUGCGCAAUUUGCCUAAAUUGGUAAUGGUUUCAUUUCAAUCACCGUUUUUUUUCUUCAUAAUGUUUUUUUGUUGUUGGUGUGACGUCAUAACGUCCAGCUGUUUUUAUCGACACAAUAUAAAAAUAGAUAGUUGCAUCUAUUUUCUAUGCCAACUUUCUAAAUUACAACAAAAAUAUCACUGGACAAGUUAAUGGAAACAUAGCUAGUGACAUCUAACCGGUGCUGUGGGGUGGGGGAGGGGUUAAGGAACGUAAGCGGUCCACUGCGUUGUGAAAUCUCGACGAAUCGCAGCAUGCAUCGAGUCACUCCAGGGGCUUCUUGCAGUUCUAUAUCGUGGAGCUCCGCCCCAUAGGGGAGCUCUGCUCCUAAAGGUUUACCCUCUGCCCUAAGGCAGCAGCAGCCUGAGACAAAAUUAUGCACACACCUACAGCCAAUAGGAGUACAGGUGUCCCUAUAAGAGGGGGUGCCUCCCCUCAAUCAGCCUCCCUUUUUCUUCAGCGACUGGACUAGACUGAAGAAGCCAAGAAGAGACGAAGAGAAGACUCAGGACGAAGAAAACGCCGUCGAUUUUCCAGAUCAUCGACGUCGUCCUACAAUGAGCACACCAAGCUUAUCCAUAGGGUAAGUAUUUAACAAAAGCUCUUUUCAGAGCUCAAUGUCGCUGUUCCCCUUGGCGGCUGUCGACCCCCCCGACAUAUGUUUCGUGGGUUGAGGGACACAGCACGCCAGGGACAGCUUCAUUAAUCCCCCACUAUGCGCCAGCUGCGCCCUCCUUUUUGAAGGAGUGGAAGCAGCGUUGGGCAUUUUUAGGGAGGAUAUUCCUCUUGAGGAUGUGCUAUCAGUGUUAGUCUCAGCUUCUGAGGCAUCAUCUGAAGGCGCUGACUCAGGAGAUGACAGGGCUAUUGGGGAAGAAAUGAAUAUUCUAUUGGAACAAUUCAUUACACUGACCCAGAUGUUUAACACCCCUUUUCCUUCGGGAAAUUGUGAGGUCAUUACAUCCCUGGAUGAUGACGCCACAGCCUCUCUGUGCCUGAAUUCUCAGGUCUCAUUGAGUGGGCUGCUAAACAGCGGGAGAUUAAGCUGCCCCCCAUUCCCUCCAACCCGGAAGUGGAUAUGAGGAAGGGCGGCCGUUACUCUCGCUACAGCUUGGCGUCAGACGGCGGCCUCCAGCAGCAAGGGAGCGGGCCUCGCCCCCCCCCCCUGCAGCGCCAGAGGUGCCGGCGAGAGAGGUCAUUAAAGCGUCAUCCUGGCAUCACCCGAAGGGCGGCCAGAAGAGACGCCGUUUAUGACAGGCGAGGGGGAGAGAACGGAAGACGGCACAGCGCCUGCUGUGACCGAGCCCACUGUCCCCCCCCACUCUACCGUUGAGUGUAUGGAGGAGAAUGUUUUUUGUUGAUGUGUGUAAUAAAGAGUUGGCUCUACUUGACACUGUCAAAAAAGAGCCCCUUUUCCAUAAUACAUCCGAGAGCGUUCGACCUUCCUCACUCUCGCUCUCUCUCUUACCACUAUGAGUGCAGCUCAGCCCACCAUGGUGCGUUGCUGAAUGCACACAUAAGGCAGGUAUAUAAAAGGUAUUAAGUGUACCUUAUAAAGACCUCACUUUACAGACUCCUAGGAGUGCUGUAGUGAGUGUCUCACAUAGCAGGCUGCAGUCUCAGCCAGAUAAUGGCAUGAUGACGCGACCGCUAUUCGGGACGGCGCUCUGUCUCAGGCUAACGCCUCAGUCAGUGCAGUUCAGACCCGUGCUGCGUUCACGGAGGGCCUGAUUACUACGGUUACGGGCGUAACCAACGUAUCGGCGCCCCCGUUUUCUCUCAGAACGCGCUGAUAAUAACCAAAUUGGGGAUGGCGCACUAUCACAGACUAAGGUCUCUGUUAGUACGACCCAGACCCAUGCUGCGUUCAAGAAGGGCCCGAUUACCACGGUCACGAAGGUGCCCAGUGUAUCGGCGCCCCCACCUUUUUCUGAACGCGCCCAGGCUCACCACACUGAGUGUAGUUCAGCCCACCAGAGGUGCAGAGCUGAACGCACACAGGAGGUGAAAGGAGGUAUAAUACCUAGACGCCGUCUUGGUUUAUCUCAAAGAGACCUCACAUUACAGACUCCAAGGAGUACUGUAGUGAGUGCCUCUCAUAGCAGGCUGCAGUCUCAGUCAGGAGACAUGAUGACGCAGCCGCUAGUUGGGGAUGGCGCACUAUCGCAGACUAAGGUCUCGGUUAGUGCGAUUCAGACCCAUGCUGCGUUCACGGAGGGCCCGAUUACCACGGUGACGAAGGUUCCCAGUGUAUCGGCGCCCCCACUUCUUUCUGAACGCGCUAAUACUCACCACACUGAGCGUAGUUCAGCCCACCAGAGGUGCAGAGCUGAACGCACACAGGAGGUGAAGGGAGGAAAGAUACCAAGACACCGUCUUGGCUUAUCUCAAAGAGACCUCACUUUACAGACCCCAAGGAGUACUGUAGUGAGUGUCUCUCAUAGCAGGCUGCAGUCUCAGUCAGGAGACAUGAUGACGCAGCCGCUAUUUGGGGAUGGCGCACUAUCGCAGACUAAGGUCUCGGUUAGUGCGAUUCAGACCCAUGCUGCGUUCACGGAGGGCCCGAUUACCACGGUCACGAAGGUGCCCAGUGUAUCGGCGCCCCCACUUCCCUUUGAACGCGCUAAUACUCACCACACUGAGCGUGACUCAACCCACCAGGGGUGCAGAGUUGAACACACACAGAAGGUGAAAGUUAAGAAGGUAUCAAGGCGCCGCCUUGUUUUACCUCAUAGAGACCUCAUACUACAGACUUCUAGGAGUACUGUAGUGAAGGGCUCUGAUAGCGAAUUGCAGUCACCUAAGAUGACGCAAUCGCUUGCUGGGGAUGGUGCCCUGCCGCAGGCUGUGGCCUCGGUCAGCGCAAUUCAGACCCGCGAUGCGUUCAAGGAGGGCAGGAAUACGACGGUUACGGGUUUAACCGAUGUCCCUACUCCUCUUUCUUUCUCAGAACGCAUUUCCUCUCCCUUUCACGGGAGGCCCACCUUGGGCUGUUCCACCACUUUAAUGUUGGGGAACAGUGGCGGUAAGGGCCAUAGAGGAAUACAGGUCCUUCCUACUGGAUGCACCACAGCUUCGCGCCCAGCCACUUUCUCUGCAUUGCUGGCAGUGGCGAAGAAGCUGCACCCUCUCACGCUGGCUAGAACAGACGUUGCAGAAGGGUUAUGCUCUCCAAUUCCACCGGACCCCACCCCCGUUCAGGGGAGUGGUGGAGACGGUGAUGAAAACGCCAGACAAAGUGGCCGCUCUGAUGACAGAGAUUACAUAACUUUUGGCGAAGGAGGUGGUGACAGUAGUUCCCCGGGAGCAAAGGAACAAAGGGCUAUAUUCGCCUUAUUUCCUAGUGCCCAAAAAGACGGGGGGAGUGAGGCCGAUUUUGGAUUUACGCAUUCUCAACGAGAGCAUAACCAAACGGCCCUUCCGAAUGCUAACGACAAAACGUCUGCUGGAAUGUGUCCAGAGAGGGGACUUUUGUACGAGCAUAGACCUAAAGGACGCGUACUUUCAUGUGCCGGUUCAGCCGCGUCACAGGAAGUUUCUGCGGUUCGCCUUUCAAGGGGUGGCGUACGAAUACACGAGGAUGCCAUUUGGGUACGCCCUGGCACCUCGCACAUUUUCCAAGUGUGUGGAGGCGGCAUUGGAACCGUUGCGUCGUCAGGGAAUACGGCUACUAGCCUACCUGGACGACCUACUGGUUCUCGCCCCGUCAGCAGAGCUGGCGAUCACUCACACAACACAGACAGUGAUGCAUCUCACAAGUCUGGGGUUCGCUGUGAAUUGGAAAAAGAGCGCGCCCUGGCCCACUCAUCAGAUUGUCUACCUGGGGAUACAGCUAGACACUGUGAGGAUGAGGGCUCGAAUUUCGGACCCCCGAAGGGUAGCCUUGUUGCUAGCCCUAAGGAAGUGUCGUCCGAAUCACACGGUGACGGCGCUGUCGAUCAUGUCACUUUUGGGUCUCAUGUCGUCAGCCCACUCUGUGGUUCCGCUGGGACUCCUGCACAUGCGCAGGACGCAGCGAUGGUUCGCCCAACUAAGACUAGACCCAUUGCAUCAACGUCAUCGGUUGGUGGUGGUUCCCCUCUCGCUCAGUGCAGACCUAAACUAUUGGAGAAACUCGCGCGUUCUCACGCACGGAGUCCCGAUAGGAAAGGUGUCCUCUCACAUCCCAGUAUUCACGGAUGCGUCCCUGACGGGAUGGGGAGGGACAUGUCAGACACAAGCGAUAAGAGGUGUGUGGCCUCAAUCAGGUCGUCACAUCAACCUCCUGGAGUUGGAAACGGUUCGACUGGUUCUGACCCACUUCGUGUCUACCCUUCGGGGUCGCGAUGUGCUGGUCUGGUCAGACAACCGGACCACAGUAGCCCACAUAAAUCGCCAGGGUGGAGUCAGGUCUCCUGCUCUCCAUCGGGCGGCAGAGGAAUUGUGGCUGUGGGCUCACGAGCACCUUCGCUCAUUGAGAGCAGCACACAUUCCGGGCUACUUGAACGUAGGAGCAGACCUCAUGUCAAGAGGGGGUCCUCGAGACGACGAGUGGUGUCUGCAUCCAGACAUUGUUCUCCAGAUUGGGAACAAUUCGGGAGAGCCGAGGUGGACCUAUUCGCGUCACGCGUGAACGCGCAAUGUCCUCUGUGGUUCUCUCUGAGGGAACAGGACGAACCGCCACUGGGAAGGGACGCCUUUGCGCACCACCCGUGGCCGAGAGUUCUCCUGUAUGCAUUCCCUCCGCUGUCCUGCAUUCUCCCACUGCUAGCCAGGGUGAGGUCAGGGGGGCUGUCAGUGAUACUGAUAGCGCCCGAUCGCCCGGGGGCUCUGUGGUUUGCGGAGAUGAGUCAGAUGUUGAUUGCGCCACCUUGGCCAAUUCCACAUUGACGGGACGCGUUGUCUCAGGCGGCUGGCACGAUAGGGAAAUUGCCCAUAAUCGGCCAACCACUGAAGGCCUGGCUGCUGAGAGGGACAGGCUAGAGCGCCGUGGGUUAUCUGAUGCAGUGAUCAGGACCAUACAGGGUUCACGUGCCAGUUCCACUUCUAAGAUGUAUGCCAGUAGAUGGAACGUGUUUUCACGAUGGUGUGUCACACAAGGUGUGGACCCCAUGAGCUGUCAGGUGGAGAGUAUUCUCUCUUUUCUGCAGCUCAUGUUUGAUAAGCAAAAAUCGCCUGCCACGAUUAGAGUGUUUGCAGCAGCGAUUUCAGCUUGUCAUGAGGGUUUUGGCAGAGACAAUGUCUUUAGUCACCCUCUAGUGAAACGCUUCCUAUUAGGAACGCGGCGACUUAGGCCAACACCUAGAGUCACGCUUCCUCAGUGGUAUUUGGCUUUGGUACUCGAAGCGCUAUGUAAGUCGCCGUUCGAGCCAUUGAAUCAAAUACCCCUCAAGAUGCUGUCUAUCAAGACAGCACUGUUGCUCGCUUUGACUACAGCUAAGCAGGUCAGUGAUUUGUGUGUUCUUUCGACGAGACCUGACUGCCUGGCCAUCAAUGGUGACCUGAGCAGAGCAGUGUUACGUCCUAACCCGGCAUUUGUGCCGAAGGUUAUUAAGAGUUCAUAUAGGUCACAGACCGUGGAGCUGUGGGCUUUUUCUCCUCCUCCUCAUAGAGAGAGGAGUGAGGAGAAGCUCCAUCGCCUGUGCCCGGUACGCGCUUUGGCGUGUUACGUCGAGCGCACAGCAGCGAUUAGGUCAUCGCCUCAGUUGUUUGUGUGUCACGGUGCGGCUGCACUAGGUAGACCACUUUUAAAACAGAGGCUGUCUCACUGGCUUUGUGAAGGCAUUGAGACAGCUUAUGAGGUAGCAGGGCGGCAAUUGCCUCAGGGUAUCAGAGCUCACUCCACUCGUGGAGUAGCGGCUUCUACUGCCCUUUUUAGAGCAGGAGUAGAGGAUAUCUGUAGAGCAGCAUCCUGGUCGACGCCGUCUCCAUUUAUCAGUUUCUAUCUCUUAGAUAUGUCUUCUAAUUCUCUAGCUCGAUCUGUACUCAGCAUGGCUGAAGGGAGAUCUUGAGCAAGAAAGAGAGGAGAAGCAGGACUGUGGACACAGGUUUCCAUCAGGUCCGCUUUGGUUAGGAAGACGUGUUUUUGACAGAUGUGUUUUCUAACUCUUUGGCUCGGUCUGUAAUCAGCACAGCUGAAGGGAGAUCUUGAGCUAGGAAGAGAGGGAAAAGCAGGACUAUGGACUGGGUUUCCAUCAGGUCCGCUUUGGAUAAGAAAACAUAUUUUGUGGCAUGAAUCCUGACUGACAGGGUCAGUACAGUAGAGGCAUGCGUUGAUUAACAGAGUAUGAGGUCAUCUAUCUGCUUGUUCAGUUAGUAUGACCCAGGUUUUGUUCCCGCCCACUAAUCUCUGGGAUUCCAUUGAGUGAGUGAGGCGGUCUACCGCGUUCAUAAUGUAGAGUGACACUUGAUGUCAUUCCAUUAGUGGUCGGUAGUGUUUUCACAGGAUAUUGAGGCACAUCUAUCUGCUAGUACAGAUUAGUAUGGCUUUUAUUCUGGUGAUCUGCCCACUAGUCAUUGGCAUUGCCAUUGGACUAGGUGGGGCGGGUCUUUUAACCGAUGACGCGGUAUAUUGUGACGCCCGUAGGGGUUUUUAGUUGCAGUACUGCGGGACUCGGUUGCAGCCAUUGCUAGGCUUGACUUUCUCGUUUCGAUGGGAAGUGUUAGGCUCGGCAGGGAGUACAUUUUGGAGCGCUACGCUCCGCCGUAAACCAUUAGGAGCAGAGCUCCCCUAUGGGGCGGAGCUCCACGAUAUAGAACGAUUAGUUACCGGAGUGUAACUCCAGUUCUAUGAGUGGAGCGGAGCCCCAUAGGACUUAAGGCCCUGCCGACCCUCUCUAGUCUCGCUGAAGAAAAAUAUCUCGGGAGGCUGAUUGAGGGGAGGCACCCCCUCUUAUAGGGACACCUGUACUCCUAUUGGCUGUAGGUGUGUGCAUAAUUUUGUCUCAGGCUGCUGCUGCCUUAGGGCAGAGGGUAAACCAUUAGGAGCAGAGCUCCCCUAUGGGGCUCCGCUCCACUCAUAGAACUGGAGUUACACUCCGGUAACUAAUCGUUUUGUUUACUUUUGUCUAACUUACUUAUUUGUCAGUAAAACUUUUAUUUGUAUUUAAUAAUGCAUAGCGCAAGAGAUGCAUGGUUAAGAAACUCAUAUCAGACUGAAAUAUACUGAAAUAUAAACGUAACAAUCAACAAUUAAAGAGUUUACUGAGUUACAGUUCAUAUAAAGAAAUCAGUCAAUUGAAAUAAAUUCAUUAGGCCCUAAUCUAUAGAUUUCACAUGACUGGGCAGGGGUGCAGCCAUGGGUGGACCUGGGAGGGCAUAGGCCCACACACUUGGCAGCCAGGUCCAGUGGGGAGCAAGGCCCAGCCAAUCAGAAUGAGUUUUUCCCCACAAAAGAGCUUUAUUACAGACAAAAAUACUCCUCAACAGGAUGGAUUAUCUUGGCAAAGGAGAAACGCUCACUAACAGGGAUAUAAACAAAUUUGUGCAAAACAAUUCUGGUAUUUUGUAUUUCAGCUCAUGAAACAUGGGACCAACACUUUCAUGUUGUGUUUAUAUUUUUGUUCAGUGUAUAUAUAUAUUUUGUCACGGAAGCCCAGGCCUGAUGACACCACUGUGCACACACCCAAACAUACACACACGCACACUUCCUCUCCUCUCUGACUCUCACAUAAUUUCUCAUCCUCUAUUGUCUCUGUCUUCAGGGGGAGUGUCGUAACUUCAUCAAGGUGUUAUUGAGCCAACAUGGAGGACUGUUUGUGUGUGGAACUAACGCCUUCAACCCUCUAUGUGCCAACUACACUGUGAGUAUCUGUCUAUUCAAUUCAAUUAAUUGAAGCUUUAUUGGCAUGUGUGUUCGUGUUCAUACAGUACCUAUGUACAAUUGUGUGUGUUACAGAGGGACACUCUGGAAAUGGUAGGAGAGACGGUCAAUGGGAUGGCUCGAUGCCCUUAUGACCCCAGACACGCCAAUGUGGCUCUGUUUGCAGGUACAGGAGUUUCUCUCUUUCUUUUUUACUUUCACUCUCUUUCAAUAUAUUGGAAAGUAAUGACAUAGCACUUUUCACAAGGGCUGUAAAUGUCCAGGGGAAAGCAUUCAGACGACGGAUCAAUCUAGAGACUGGAGUUGUGCUAACGGGACUGGACUACCCUUGUGUUCAUGAUUAAUACAAUGCAUGUUUUUGUUAUUCUCUCUCUCUGUCUUUCUGUCUCUUUCUCUCUCUCUCUCUCUCUCAGAGGGCAGUCUCUUCACUGGUACUGUAACAGACUUUCUGGCGAUUGAUGCUGUGAUCUAUCGUAGCCUAGGCGAUAGCCCUGCUCUCCGCACCGUCAAACACGACUCCAAAUGGUUCAGAGGUACACUGAAAUGACGUACUUGCAUGCGAGUGAAUGGGUCAAACACUUCUCCGCAGGUGGAGAACAAUAUUUCCUUAGAUCACAUAAACACUGCGGGCUAACCCAAACACUCUAAAGUGGUCUCCAUUCCUACCUAAAUCCUUAUAUCCUAAGAGUGGAUAGAUAAAAGCGAUAGGCUAGCUUAGUGCCAGGUUAGAUGUAUUGCUUUCAUCCAGUCCUGUCAAAUCAGAGAGGACCAGACCAACGGAUCAAGGGCAUGAAAUCUCCAUCAGAGUAAAACAGAGCGUGGAACCCUAGAGGUCAGAGACAGACAUGAGUAAAUAACUGCUAUGUGCUUGUCACUGAUGAUCAAUUAAACAGGACAUGAAUGCUUAAUGGCUGACCCCAGAGAAGUUGUCAUAUGUUGUUACAGAGAGGUGUCAGAUUGUGUAUCGGCAAUAAAUAUAGAGCUCUGUGUGUGUGUGUGUGGGGGGGGGGGGGGGGGGUGGUAUAUGCAUGCGUGUAAUGGCAUUUCUCUCUUCUCUCUCUCAGAGCCCUUCUUUGUGAGUGCAGUGGAGUGGGGACCUCAUAUUUACUUCUUCUUCAGAGAAAUGGCAAUGGAGUUCCAUCACUUGGAGAAGGUACACAGUACACACAAACAUACAUACAUACGCACGCACGCACACACCCACACACAUGCACGCAUGCACACACACACACACACACACACACACACACACACACACAGAAAUGGCGAUUUGUACAUCACAUUUUGUUUAUAUUGUUUUCUUGUUUAUACUGUGUGUGUGUGUGUGUGUGUGUGUGUGUGUACAGGUGAUGGUGUCUCGUGUGGCGCGGGUGUGUAAGGGGGACCUGGGUGGGUCUCAGAGGGUGUUGGAGAAACAGUGGACAUCGUUCCUGAAGGCCAGACUGAACUGCUCUGUCCCAGGAGACUCCCACUUCUACUUCAACCUGCUCCACGCCACCAGCCCCAUACUCAACAUGAAUGGCAGGGACGUCAUACUGGGACUGUUUUCUACCCCGCCCAACAGGUACACGCAGACAUACAUAUGCGCGCAUACACAUAAUGCAGGUAUGGAUCUUUCUAUAAAUUAUGGGUCCAAUCUGUGACAUUGGGUUCAACAUUUAAAGUUCCACAUGUGUACUUAGAGGAAUAUAUGCAAAUUGGCCCAUAACUCCACCUAUACAACAACAUAAGCCUAGGACAUCCUUUAAGCAGAGUUCAUACAGAUAUUGGCAAGUCAAAUUCAAAGACUUUAAGGGACUUUUUCAAGCACUUAAUUGUAAUUUUUAAGGACCUCAGUUGUAUAAUUUAUAUAAUUGUACAUAUAGGGCUUAAUAUAGAACCCCCCCCCCCCCAAAAAAAAAAAGCAUGCAAAAAGUGUCCAAAAAAGUAGGCCAUUAAAACUUAAAGAAUAAUUAAUUGUUUAGGCCUUGCCAAUGCAUUGAUAUUCAAAUUAUUAUUACAUUCUAAAAUAUGUGAGAAUAAUGUGGACUUGCCAGACUAAAUAAAUUGGAUACAUACAUGGAAAUGUUUCUGUAGCCUAUGUGGCCGAUUAAGGCACACAUAAUAAAGCCAUGAAUAGCGGUACCAUUAAUCUCACCAUUUGAAUCUCACCAUCGCUGUUUUUAUAAUGAGAAAGCGACCAAAAACCAGGUCACUUUUGUAAUAGAAGGAUUUGUAUGAAAAUCCAAGUUGAAGCAAGCAUUAGAUGUUGUCAUCCUCAUAAUAACUGCAUGUGGUUUUACCGCAACAGAGUAGCACAACACCGUUCAAUUGAAGUAAAGUGCCCACAUCUCUCACAAAAACGGAUCAAAAAUGAAAUCACAGAUAAUUAUAAGGGAGCAGGAUAACUUAUAAAUUGUCUACAAUAAUUACAGACUUUUCGAGUACCAAAUUGAGGAAAUGUCUGAUUUUCACACUAGGCCAAUUCCAGUACUUGAAUUUCUGAGCUCCAAAUAACUAUUACAUUUACAUUUUAGUCAUUUAGCAGACGCUCUUAUCCAGACCGACAUACAGUUAGUGAGUGCAUACAUUUUUCAUACUGGCCCCCCGUGGGAAACGAACCCACAACCCUGGCGUUGCAAGCGCCAUGCUCUACCAACUGAGCUACAGGGGACUAUCUCACAAUACUAGCCAAUUUAGCUGCAUUGUUCCUUGCAUGCGAUUGGCUGUGGUCUUGGGGGCGGCGUGCUUCCUGAGAGACAGAGCUGCCUGUCAAGCAUCGUUCAGGGCUUAAAUGCCCAAUGAGAACAUUGCAUGCAAUGCAGCCACAGGGCUCCUUGAUGAGGUCAUUAUCGUGCAUCUGAACAAAUGAAUGGAUGAUGCGUGGUACUUCUGAUUAUCUUGUGAUGUCGACAAAACAACAUUUAUUAUGUAGUGAUCAUGAGAUAAAUAAAUUUUGAUCUCGACAUAACGAGGGAUUUAUUUUAUUCAUAUGUCCUCUCUGGACUUCCGUAGUAACAAGUUGUCCAGCAUAGGACACCCUCACUGGUACCCUAGUUCAUAGAAAGACCCACAUGCACACACACGAACACACACAGGCACACAUCAUAUUUCUGAUCCACAUCUAAUCCUUUCUGGCCCACCUCCCCUCCCCCUCUCUCCCUACCUCUGACAGUAUCCCUGGGUCUGCAGUCUGUGUAUUUGACAUGCAACAGUUGGCUAGGGUGUUUGAAGGAAGAUUCAAGGAGCAGAAAUCUCCAGAAUCCAUCUGGACACCUGUAUCUGAUGAGCUUGUGCCCAAACCCAGGUACUUUCAACAAUAACUCAUAUUUAUGUUUUGUAGGAUUGUAAUGCGAUGUUCAAUCAUAUUAUUCUGCCUUAUUUUGACCCUGUUCUCUCUCUGUAGGCCGGGUGGCUGUGCGGUGCAGGGGUCUCCGUUCAGCUCGUCCAAAACUCUGCCGGAUGAGGUGCUGAACUUUGUGAAGACUCAUCCCCUGAUGGAUGAGACCAUACCCCUGGUGGGGCACAGACCCUGGGUAGUCAAGACUAUGGGCAGGUAUGGCUAAGGAUACACAUGGUUACCACUGAUUGUUCCCUCUGAAAUCAAUGUUUGCCCUCAACGUGUCCUGAAAUUGAGCUCACCAUAUACCUUGCUCCCUCUCCCCUCUCAUUCUCUCCCCCCCUCCCUUUCCCUCUACUCGCCCCCUCCAUCCCUCUCCCUAGGUACCAGUUGACAGCCAUGGUGGUGGACACAGAAGCUGGUCCCCAUAGAAACCGUACGGUGUUGUUUCUGGGCUCCACGCGAGGGACUGUCCUCAAAUUCCUCAUCGUCCCAAGUGGAGACAACUCUCCCACACACAGCAGUGUGUUUCUGGAGGAGGUGGAGGGCUUCAACCCUGAGAAGUGAGUACAGGAAGGGAGUUUGGCCACAAUCCCAUGUGCUCACUGCAGUCCUGUGUUUUGUCAGCUCAUUAUUGUGGAGAUUAACUGUUUUAGUCUGUUUGCAAAGGCAGCAAUCACCCUAAUGUGAAUCCCUAUAUUUCUCUGCUGUAACAAUAGAAAUGAAUGAAAAUACUCUAAAUAUGCAUCUAUGUCUCUCCCUCUCUGUCACUCCCCUCAACCCACACACACACACACACACACCCUCUCGCUCUCUCUCUCUUCCUUUCUCUCUCUCUGUCUCUAGGUGUGGAGAGGACUCUGUCCAGGCCAGACAAUUGUUGUCUCUGUCCCUGGAUCGUCCCAGUCACACUCUACUGCUGGCCUUCCCUUCCUGUCUGGUCAGACUGCCCACAGCACGCUGCCACCUACACUCACGCUGCAUGAAGUGAGUAAGACACACACACAUUCACAAACACACACACACACACACAGGGUUUUGUUUAUGGUUAUGGCUACCCUUAACCCUAGUAGUAACCCUAACCCUAACCCUAGCUUCAUGUUCACAACCCGGAUCAACCCUAACCCUAGCCAUAAAUAACCCUAACCCUAACCCUAGCUUCAUCAUGUCCACAUCCCGGUUCAAUCCUAACCCUAACCCUAGCCUCAACCACCACCAUAACCCUAACCAUAGCUUUAUUUCCACAUCCCGGUUAAACCGUAACCCUAAUCCCAGCCUUAACCCUUACCCUAAUCUAACAAACACACACCAUCUCCAUCAGGCUGAUCAGAUCUCCAUGUGUGUGUGUGUGUAUAGGAGCUGUCUGACUUCCAGAGAUCCCUACUGUGGCUGGACCAGAGGCAGCACCUGCUCCUUCCUCAGACCAGGCACACGGUGAGACAGCUGCCCAUAUAGGCACAGAUCUAGGAUCAGAUUAACCAGUUCAUUGUGUAUUAAUCUAUUAUCUAUUGAUGUUGAUGUCCUGUGUAAUCGGUUAAUCUAUAGUCUAUGUCCUAUUGCAGGCUGCCUUUUCAGCAAGACAUUGAGUAUGGCAACUUCUCCCAUCUAGGAGACUGUGGUGGUAGGUACCAUGUCUUUAGCCCUGUAGCUCUGUGGGUACAAACUGCUCUUUCUUUCCCUUAAUACAUGCUCCGCCCAGCGGCUCAAUCAUGCAUUACACGAGUUUGCUACACAGAUAUCAAUGCAAUUGUUUUUACAAAGUAUAAUUUAAAUUUGUCAUGGUCUCAAUUAAAAUCUAAAUCACAACCCAAAUGUACAUAACAUCACAAUGAUACUACAGUUCAUAUACUGUAUAUUGUAUGUUUAUGUGUGUAUUGUACUUGCAUUUACAGUGGUGACAGAAGAUUGUCAUGUUUUUUAGUCUGUCAGCAACGUGAUUAGCUAGUGUGAAAUGUCAGGGCUUUGAUUUCCCGCUCCUCAGAUCAGUGUCCAUCAGAAGCCUCCCAGCAUGACUGCUUUUAAUUGGUUGCUGGCUUCAAUAAAUGCAUUUUGAUUGGUUGACAGAGGAGUGAAUGUCUUGAUCAGUGAAGUAAAGCCUUCUGGUUCACAACCCCACAAUCCCACAGGACUAAGACAUAUUCUGAGUGUUCAGCUGUCAACGACUGUCUGCUACAGUUUGACAAAUGCUUGCCAGAAAAGCAUGUGCAGAAGACAAAUGAGGACAAAACUCAGUAUGCAAAGCUGUGUGGUGCUCAAAGCUGAGAUUCUGGCAGGGCAUAAGAGAACACAUCUCAAAUCUGUCUUGGUUUCAAUCGGGAUGUCUCCUUCUCAUCAGCAAACUGUUCCAGGACCUGCAAUCUGUUCCAACUCAAAUUAUACACUGCAAUCUCAUCUGUUUUAUUGCAAAUCUAUAAUCUGGGGAGUGUUCUGAUUCCAGAACACUACACUACAAUCUCCUCUAUUUUAUUGUAGUUCUAGAACCUGCAAUCUGUUCUAAACUAUAAGUCCACAAUAUUACAAUAUCAUCUAAACUAUCUAUCAUAGAUCUAUAACCUGCAAUUAAUUAGUUCCUCUACCAGAACAUUGCAAUCUCAUUGUUAUACAGUGCAUUAGGAAAGUAUUCAGACCCCUUCCCUUUUUCCACAUUUUGUUACGUUACAGCCUUAUUCUCAAAUGUAUUAAAUAUAAUUUUUUUCUCAUCAAUCUACACACAAUACCCCAUAAUGACAAAGCGAAAACAGGUUUUUAGAAUUUUUGCAAAUGUAUUAAGAAAUAAAAAACUGAAAUACCUUAUUUACAUAAGUAUUCAGACCCUUUGCUACGAGACUCGAAAUUGAGCUCAGGUGCAUCCUGUUUCCAUUGAUCAUCCUUGAGAUGUUUCUACAACUUGAUUGGAGUCUACCUAUGGUAAAAUCAAUUGAUUGGACAUGAUUUGGAAAGGCACACACCUGUCUAUAUAAGGUCUCACAGUUGAGAGUGAAUGUCAGAGUAAAAACCAAGCCAUGAGGUCGAAGGAAUUGUCCAUAGAGCUCCGAGACAGGAUUGUGUCGAGGCACAGAUCUGGGGAAGGGUACCAAAACAUUUCUGCAGCAUUGAAGGUCCCCAAAAACACAGUGGUCUCCAUCAUUCUUAAAUGGAAGAAGUUUGGAACCACCAAGACUCUUCCUAGAGCUGGCCCCCCAGGCCAAACUGAGCAAUCGGGGGAGAAGGGCCUUGGUCAGGGAAGUGACCAAGAACCCGAUGGUCACUCUGACAGAGCUCCAGAGUUCCUCUGUGGAGAUGGGAGAACCUUCCAGAAGGAAAACCAUCUCUGCAGCACUCCACCAAUAAGGCCUUUAUGUUAGAGUGGCCAGACGGAAGCCACUCCUCAGUAAAAGGCACAUGACAGCCCACUUUGCCAAAAGGCACAUAAUUAACAAGAUUCUCUGGUCUGAUGAAACCAAGAUUGAAUUCUUUGGCCUGAAUGCCAAGCGUCACGUCUGGAGGCACCAUCCCUACAGUGAAGCAUGGUGGUGGCAGCAUCAUGCUGUGGGGAUGUUUUUUAGUGGCAGGGACUAGGAGACUAGUCAAGAUCGAGGGAAAGAUGAACGGAGCAAAGUACAGAGAGAUUCUUGAUGAAAACCUGCUCCAGAGCGCUCAGGACCUCAGACUGGGGCGAAGGUUCACCAUCCAACAGGAGAACGACCCUAAGCACACAGCCAAGACAACGCAGGAGUGGCUUCGGGACAAGUCUCUGAAUGUCCUUGAGUGGCCCAGCCAGAGCCCGGACUUGAACCCGAUCGAACAUCUCUGGAGAGACCUGAAAAUGGCUGUGCAUUGAUGCUCCCCAUCCAACCUGACAGAGCUUGGGAGGAUCUGCAGAGAAGAAUGGGAGAAACUCCCCAAAUACAGGUGUGCCAAGCUUGUAGCGUCAUACCCAAGGCUGUAAUCGCUGCCAAAGGUGCUUCAACAAAGUACUGAGUAAAGGGUCUGAAUACUUAUGUAAAUGUCAUAUUUUACCUGUUUUUGCUUUGUCAUGAUGGGGUAUUGUGUAUAGAUUAAUGAGGGGGGAAAAACAAUUUAAUGAAUUUUAGAAUAAGGCUGUAACGUAACAAAAUGUGGAAGAAGUCAAUGGGUCUGAAUACUUUCCCAAUGCACUGUAUACCAUUCUCUAGAACCUGACCUGUUCUAGUUCCAGAACCUUUGCUUUCUAACUCAGAUAUAGGCCAGUUUACUGCAGUCAGCCAGUUCCAUAGAGAGUGGUGAAAGCAUAAAGCCAGUGGAAAUAUUUACUGAAAUAAAUGAUGUAUUUUAGGGAGAAACUCACUGGCCGGCCCAGAGCUUUCCUGAACACAGAAUGGAAACUCUGACCAGAGUUGAUCUGUUUUAGUGUUUUCCCUUCUUACUGAUGACAAGUGCAGCUUUCAGCCCAGCCAGCAGAACCCCAAGGAUGUGCUGGAGAAAGCACCAAAAAGGAAAUGGAGAUGCUUAUCUUCAGCAAUUUUACAAUGUUAUGAUAGAUCACUGUAACACAGAAUAAGAUUAUGCUCUUGGAUAAUACAAUAUAGGAAUAUAAUCUUUGAGAUCCAGCAAAUCAUGUUUAGAUCUAAACGUGACAAUAUUAAAAGCAUGGAGAGGGUCAUAAGGGAGAAUGGAAACAAAGAGGUAGAGGAGAGUGAAGGAAUGCAGAGUGAGAACCUGUUAAUGCUGUAACGUUAAGUGGAUUUUAUAUUCUCUCUUGCCAUUAGCCUUAUGAUUCCUUUCAUCUCCCUUCUCCCCUUCAGGUGUCGUACAGCAGAGUCUGCUGAUCGAGCCGGAGAGUCUGGUCUCCCUCAACCUGCUGGUGGCGUCUGCAAUCUCGGCCUUCACCAUCGGGGCGGUGCUAUCGGGCCUGGCCGUCUGCUGGAUCAUGGCCCACAAGCCCAGCAACCGUCGCCACGCUAACAACACCAGCCAGUCCAGCAUCCAGCGCCGGGAGAGGGGGAUGUUGACGUCAGGAGGAGAGAUGGGGGGAUCGGUCCUCAGUGUGACCCGUCAGGGAGGAGGGGAUAGACCUUGUUCUCAGGGCGGGGAGACCCUGUUUGUGAUGCCCAACGGCUGGGUGAAGUCAGGGGAGCUAGACCCAGGGUUCUUGCCUACUCCAGAGCACACGCCCCAGCAGAAGAGACGUGGGCUCAGGCUGUCCGAUUCUGGAUCAGGGGGGUGGGAUAACAGCCAGACCUACCUGGGAGGGAGCACCAUGGGCCUGGCAUCCCCCUGCCCUCUCCCUUGCCCCCCACACCCCUCCACUGCUGUCUACCUAACCACCAGACUCUUCCAGGGGGGAGGAGGUGGGAGGCAUGGGGGUGAGGAGCGAGGAAGAGGAGGGGAGACACCUCGCCAGCACUACGUGUGCCUCAGCAAGCCCUGGGCGGAGAAGGGGAGGAGUGGGACCCCAAAGUCGGCACUUCGCAAGUCGGCAGGGGAGUAUGUGUACCCCAUGACCCCCCAGGACUCCCCGAAUAGGAGGAGGGUGGUGUCAGCCCCCAGCGCCCACAUGGAGUUUGGAGAGCCCCUGCCUCUCCGCUGGCCUCCCCAGGAAGGCUACAUCCUCAGCAGCCAGGGCAUGGUCCCCCUACCUCCAUCCUCCAUGCCGACCCCCAAUGGCCAGCAGUAUGUGGCUCAGCACCACACCCCCGGGCCGGGCAGGGCUCAGCUGAGAGGGGAACUGGGGAGAGGAGAGCUGGGGGAACUGGUGGAUCUCAGCCAGCUGCUGAGUAAGAAGAGUUCCAAUGAGAGGGCUCACAGCGGGCAGUGA